AGCUCACCGGUCACGUGGGCUAGAGCUUCCCAAGCAAUUGGCUGCUUCACGCCGGGGCAGUUGUUUUUGUUGUGAAUCAGGAAGCUCUUCUUUCAAAAUUGGGUGUGUAGUAACACGGAGAAUUAAAACCUCUUUUUAGUGACUGGGUUAAAUCGUGACUUGAUAUCGAAGCCGCAUACACCUAAACAACCACCUUCUUCGCUGAAGACUAGACGAUAUUCUGCACCGAGAUCCUGUAUGGUUGGUGUGUAGCGCAGAAAUGGCACUCGAGGAAGGGGCACGGAGCUGUCUGCUGCGCUUCCGCCUAAAACUGGAGGAGGACAUUAAGCCCACCUACCUGAUGGAUCACAUGAUCAGUGAUGGUGUGAUGACUGUGGAUGAGGAGGAGAGGAUCAGGACUCAGCCUACCAGGAAGGAUCAGGCUGGAGCACUGAUAGAGCUCUUGUUGAGAAAGGACAACCUUACCUACAUUUCUUUCUACAAUGCACUGGUCAAAGAGGCAUAUGACGAUUUGGCCAGUUUGCUCCAUAGGGACCUGCCGCACAUCUCAUUGAAUCCACAUAAGGGCUCUUCUGACGGCUCUGCAACUGAUGUUCAGUCAAGACUUAGUGAAGGCGGCAUCCCACAGAGGCCCGUAGUGUUUGUCAACAGACCAGAGCUAGUGAACCGGGCCAGGGAGAAGCUUUACCGGCUCCAGAAGGACCCCGGCUGGAUCACUGUCUUUGGCAUGGCUGGCUCGGGGAAGUCUGUCCUAGCUGCUGAAGCUGUUAGAGAUCAUGGAAUCAUUGAAGAUUGCUUUCCUGGAGGUGUCCACUGGCUGUCCAUCGGCCAGGUGGACAAGCCAGACCUGCUGGUUAAAGUUCAGUCAUUGUGUUUUCGUCUGGAGCAGAGCCUUGAUUCCCAGCUCCUCCACCGUCCCCCAAACUCUCUGGAUGAAGCCAAGGAGCGUCUACGCUUCCUCAUGCUGCGUAGAUAUCCAAGAUCUCUGCUGAUUUUGGAUGACAUCUGGGAUAGUACAGUGUUGAAGGUGUUUGACAUCCACUGUCGUGUUCUUCUCACCACCAGAAAUAGAAGCCUCACCGAUUCUGUUAGCGGUGCUAAGCAUGAGGUGGAAGUGGAAAGCGGUUUGGAUGAAAACAAGGCCUUGGAGAUCCUUGCUCUGUACACUAGAAUAAAACUGCAAGCACUACCUGAGGAGGCUCGCAGCAUUGUCAAAGAGUGUAAAGGCUCCCCUUUGGUGGUGUCUCUGAUCGGAGCGCUGCUCAGAGAAAAACCAAACCGCUGGCGUUACUAUCUCCGCCAGCUGCAGAUGAAGCAGUUCAAGCGUAUAAGGAAGUCGUCAUCUUAUGACUAUGAUGCCCUGGAUCAGGCCAUGGCUGCUAGCAUCGAGGUACUUCCUGAUGAGCACCGAGACCUCUACAAGGAUCUUACUGUUCUACAGAAGGAUGUCAAAAUCCCUGCUAAGGUGCUGUCUGUUCUUUGGGAUCUGGAACCUGAGGAGGUGGAGGACAUCCUGGAGGAAUUUGUUAACAAGUCUCUGCUUUUCAUGGACAAUAACAGUAAACCCUACCUAUACUACCUUCACGACCUCCAGAUAGACUUCCUGUUGGAGCAGAACCGAACGCAGCUUGAGAGCCUUCACACUAAGGUGGUGCGUCAGUACCAGCAGCAUUACAGAGAUGGUCCCCCCACUUCAGGAGACAAGGAAUCUCUUUACUGGAUCCAAUAUUUGACCUACCAUAUGGCCAAAGCCAACCUUACCCAGGAGCUCUACUCCCUCAUGUUCUCUCUCAACUGGGUGAUCACCAAGGCCAAGAUAAUGGGUCCAGCUCAUCUCAUCAAUGACUAUGUGGAGUAUGGAUUCAUUCUGGACCAAGAGAACAGUGAAGUGCGCAGUCAGUUCCAGGAGUUUCUGUCUCUGAACGGCCACCAGCUUGAGCAGCGUCCUUUCCCUGAUGUUGUGCAGCUUGCUCUGUCUCAGCCGCCCAACUCUGAGGUCUACAAACAAGCUCGAGUGCAGGCACAGAACCGGACCAAAGCUGGGAAACUCUACUUUGACUUGGUGAAUAAGAGUGGUGUAGACAAUCUGUCUCGUUUGGUGAUUCACCCCCACCAGGGCUCCAUUUACUCUGCCUGCUUCUCGCAGGAUGGAACCAAAAUUGCUUCUUGUGGAGCUAGCAAGACACUCAAGGUGUUUAAAAGUACCUCAGGUGAGAAGCUCAUGGAGAUCCCUGCCCAUGAUGAUGAAGUGCUUUGCUGUGCCUUCUCCCCUGACGGCCGUCUCUUGGCAACCUGCUCUAGUGACAGAAAAGUCAAGGUGUGGAAUGGAGAGCGAGCAAUGCUGCUUAGGACGUUUGAAGAGGAGCACGAAGAGCAGGUCAACCACUGCCAGUUUACUAACACAUCAGGGCGCCUCCUUUUGGCCACCUGCUCCAAUGACAAUAUUCAGAACGUCAAGCUGUGGAACCUCAAUAAGCCAUCCUCCCAGAACACCAUGUUUGGUCACUUUGAGCCAGUCAACCACUGCUGUUUCUCUCCUGAUGACAAGUAUCUGUCAACUUCCUCCAACGAUGGUACCCUUAAGGUAUUUGAGGUUUCUUCUGCCAAUGAAUGGAAGACGAUCUAUGUAAGUGACAUUUUUACAGACAACAAGGAAGACGUCUUUGUCAAGUGUAGCACCUGGACUGCUGAUGGCAAACGCAUCAUAUGUGCUGCCAGAAAUGCUGUUUUGGUCUUUGAUGUAGAGACAUCAGACAUGUUGUUUGAAAUCAGGACCAGUCGAAUGAGCACAGUUCAAUACUGUCACGCCUGCCCCACCAGUAACCUGUUGGCCAUUGCGUUUUCAAACUAUGCUGUUGAGCUGUGGGAUCUCGAGGCCAAUAAAAAGAUGGCAGACUGCAGUGGCCACCUAAGCUGGGUGCAGCGUGUCCAGUUUUCUCUUGAUGGCUCACAGCUGCUCUCCUGCUCUGAUGAUCAGACCAUCAGGAUAUGGGAGACCAAGAAGGUUCACACAUCCUCGGCCAUCCGCCUGAAGAGAGAUUCUGACGUUCUGUUUAAUCAUGAGGAAAUCAUAGUGUCAGCUGCAGAUAAUUGCAACAGACUGCAGGUGCGUGAUGGUAGAACAGGAUCGGUGCUGUUCCAGUCAGAGGAGAAGUCAUCCAGGAUCCGGUGUACCUGUAUCUGUCAGCAGCCCUCUGCUGUUGUCCUGGGGCAAGAAGAUGGCACUGUGCAGGUGCUGGAGGUGCCCUCUGGGAAGCUUCUGGCCACUCUGCAGGGGCACACUAAGACUGUGCUGCACUGUCAGUUCAGUCAGAACGGCCAAACACUCAUCACUUCCUCUGAGGACGCCACCAUAAGAGUGUGGGAGUGGCAGUCAGGCAAGUGUAAAGUACUGCACGGUCAUAAGGAGCAAGUCAGAUGCUUCUCUCUACUCUCCAACUCACCAAACGACUCAAGACUGCUGUCCUGGUCCUUCGAUGGUACUGUGAAGGUGUGGGACACCGAGAGCGGAGAGAAACUGCAGGACAUCGAGGCUCAUCACGGAACCAUUCUGUCCUGUCAUGUCUCGCCAGACGGAUGCUUCUUUGCCACCACCUCUACUGACAAGACUGCUAAGUUGUGGCACUGUGAGUCCUGGCAGUGUGCCUACACAUUGAUCGGCCAUAAGGAGUGUGUGAGAAGCUGCCGAUUCUCGUGGGACAGCCAACACCUUGCAACGGGAGAUGACAACGGAGAGAUCCGGCUCUGGAGUGUCAAGGAUGGGUCCUUGCUGAAGGUUUGUUCCCAGGAGAGUAAGGAUGGCAUGGACUCGCUGCAUGGAGGCUGGGUAACAGAUCUGCACUUCUCCCCAGACAACUCUCUUCUGGUCUCAACUGGAGGUUACAUCAAGUGGUGGGAAGUGAAGACAGGCAAAGCUCUGCAGACCUUCUAUACAACGGGAAGCGCUUUAAAGAAGAUACACGUGUCAUCCGACUUCUCCACCUUUGUCACUAUCGACAAUAUCGGCAUCCUCUACAUCCUCCAGAGGGUGGUGUGACGAUAACGCCGCCGGCACCGCUCCAAAAGAUGACAGAAACAGACGCCAUCAUCCAGCUUAUUGCAAGAACUGCUCAAUUGCAUAAUGUAUGCAGAAUUGUCCAACGCUAAACGGCCUACGCAUCUAAGAAAAACAGUUUACAUUUUCACUUUGCACAGUCAGUAACAAUAGCCUUGAGAGCAUUAGACAAAUACACUUUGCUGGGGUCACAUGACCAGUUUGCGCCGGCUUUAAAUGAUGCACUGUGAAAUCUUCUUCCUUGAAUCUGCAUUACACACAUCUUUUUAAACACAAAGAGGUGCAUUUAAAAGGUAACACUGAUUUCUAAAAAGCCAGCAAACCUGAUCAUCGGGUCUUCUCAAACCCAUUUUUUUCUAUCACUACUAUUUACCAACAGAUGAAAGAGUUAAAUGAAAAAUAUCUGUGUUUUUUUUAGGGUUGAGGAUUGCACAUGUGCAAGAGAUUUUCCACUUCUAUAUGUAUGUAUGUAAUCGUAAAAGCUAUCAUAGACGUCCUGUGAUUUGUUAGAAGUGAUGAAGUGAGUUUGGUUUGUCUGUGCUGUGAUGCUUUCGAACCUCUGCAUUGAGUCAGUAUUCAUUAUUGACAGUUUUAAACUGUUUCUAGACACUGCAGUCUUUUCGUGAAUGCACAUACUGUGUGCUUUGUGUCAACACUUUCUCAACAUACCAGCACAUUUGGAGCUUUUGGUGCACUUUGAUGAGCAUUAAAAAUGGAUAGCAUGAUAAAGUUUUUAUGAAUUAAGCACUGAAGAUUGCAUCUAAAUUCUUUUCAAAGCUAAAGAGACUAUUUGUAUGUCGGAACUGUUUGUACUUUUGAACGUGGAUCAAAGGAAAUGUUUUCUAUAAAAUAUAAUCACAGUAUGUGAUUUAUAAUUUAUACUCGAAUUUCAUGUUGCCAAUCUUAAAAGGCAUUUUUCUGCUUUAAUUGCCUUUUUUCAUAUAAAUAUAUAACUGUUAACUUUAGAUAUUACUUUAUAUGUGCACAUUGUCUUACUACUGAGCCUUUACUUGUUGAGAGCACUUGGAAGAAGUAGUUACAAUCUUUAAGGAUGCUUUUCUUAAUGUGACUUGAAAAACAAAUCCUUAAUUUGAGUGAAAAUUCUGAGGUUUUACAGAGAGAGGCAAGUGUCCCUGUACCUUUAUCGAAACCACUCAUGUCAGUGAGAAAGGUGUGGACUCCAUGUGCAGCUGGAGCAAUAAGCACAAACAAAAUAAAUAAAUCAAAGGAUGAAUUUCAAUAAUGCUUGUGUCAUUCUCACACUGUGCCCUUCCUCACUGGUGCUUUUUUAAAGUUGCUGUUCAAUCAUCAAAUUUCCUUCUAACGGAUAUGCUGAUAUCUGCUCAGGAUGUAAACUGUUAUAUGCUGUGGUACAAUGGAAAAUGUAAUUUUUUAAGAAUAAAUCACAUAUGCUGUGAAGUUG